AUGGAGUACCCAGAUGAGGACCACUUGUCAGGCUUGAUGACUACCUACCAAACUCGCAAUGCCAAGCCGAGAACCAAACAGGGUCGCUUUUGUCGGAAGCAAAUUCCACGGUGCCCCAUCGGAUGGCUGAAGGAUCGCACGUCCUGUUACCUGCUGAACAUGACCAACAUGAAGUGGCCGGAGGCAAAGGCGAGCUGCCACAGUCAAGGCGCGUACAUGUCGUCUAUCGGGGACGAGCAUGAGAAGGACCUGGCCGCCAACUUGCAGGCGGAACGCACCAUAUCGUACCUGCUCAUAUGCGGAUCUUGGGACGGAGCUGCGUUGCACUGGGACAGCGGGGAAGGGUUCGACUACACGGCAUGGCGGAAUAGCGAGCCGGGCGGACACCCCUUCAUGACAAGCACCACCAGCGGCUGGAGGGACGUAAAGAGCUUCAACUCGUUCCCCUCGCUGUUCGAAAAGUAA